UCUUCCAUUUUCUUCCAAAUCCAUUUUACAUCAUCUUUCAAGCUAAGGUGUCACGUUAUUAUUCAUUUUCAUCCCCGUUUUAGCGUAAAAAUGUGUGGCGGUUCAAUUCUCUUCGAUCGUAAAUUCCGGUCUAGGGAUGGUGGCCGCAGUGUCUCCUCCCCCGACAUCUGGCCUGACUUUGGCCCCAGUAGUUCUCAGACUACUGCCAAAUCGAGUUUCUCCGGCCAACCUGAAUCAGCCGCCACCACUAAACGGUCUCAGCCAUGUACAGGUAAUGGGAGUCCUGAGAAGGCGAAGAAGCGGCAGAGGAAAAACAUGUACCGGGGAAUCAGGCAGCGCCCCUGGGGCAAAUGGGCUGCCGAGAUCCGCGACCCGAGAAAAGGCGUUAGGGUUUGGCUUGGUACGUUCAACACGGCGGAAGAAGCAGCCAGAGCUUACGACAGGGAAGCUAGGAAAAUCAGAGGUAAAAAAGCUAAGGUUAACUUCCCCAAUGAUGAGGACGACAGUAACUUUAAUCCUCCGGCGCAGCCGGGAUACCGCCGGAAUCCUCUUGACAAGUCCAUCGGAAAAGCUGAUCUGCAUUUGGAGCCAAUGAUCAACGCGGGGACUCUAAUAGGAUUUGGUACGCAGAGCGAAGAGGCGGCGGCGGCUUCUCGGUCCGGUUCAGAGAAUGGUAACGAGGGUUUAAUCAAAGUGAAGAUGAAUGACGGUGCAGAGAUAAAGGAGGCGGAGAACCAAGUGCAUAAGCUCUCCGAGGAGCUAAUGGUGUACGAGUCCUAUAUGAAGUUCUACCAAAUACCUUAUCUGGACGGCGAGGCAACGGCGGCGCAAGUUAACCCGGUUCCAGAGACGGUGGUUGGCGGUGGUUCUAUAGAUCUCUGGAGCUUCGAUGAUGUCAGCCCAAGCAGUGUCGUUAACUCCAAUUAAGUGAAUACUUCUAGGUUUCAUCGUUUUUCCUUUCA